GUCCGCGCACGCGCGCGUGCUUGGAUUUAGCUCCCAGGCUGGCAGCCGGGCGUUCUUCGGCUCCCUGAGUCAGGGCUAGGGAUCCCGCGGCGGCGGCGGCACCAUGUUCCUCCACUCCGUCAAUCUCUGGAACCUGGCGUUUUAUGCCCUCAUGGUCUUCAUGGCGACCCUGGGGCUGUGGGACGUCUUCUUCGGAUUUGAGGAAAACAAGUGUAGUAUGAGCUACAUGUUUGAGUAUCCGGAGUAUCAGAAAAUAGAACUUCCAAAGAAACUGGCAAAACGCUAUCCUGCAUAUGAAUUAUAUCUUUAUGGAGAAGGAUCCUAUGCUGAAGAACACAAAGUUCUCCCUUUAACGGGUAUUCCUGUUCUCUUUCUUCCCGGUAAUGCUGGAAGUUAUAAGCAAGUUCGUUCUAUUGGCUCUAUUGCACUUAGAAAAGCUGAAGACAUUGACUUCAAGUACCACUUUGACUUCUUUAGUGUGAAUUUCAAUGAAGAACUGGUGGCACUAUAUGGUGGAAGUCUUCAGAAGCAGACCAAGUUUGUGCAUGAAUGCAUUAAAACAAUUCUCAAGCUCUAUAAGGGCCAAGAAUUUGCUCCAAAAAGUGUGGCGAUAAUUGGUCAUUCUAUGGGUGGCCUUGUUGCAAGAGCAUUGCUUACGUUGAAAAAUUUUAAGCAGGAUCUGAUCAAUCUUCUUAUUACACAAGCAACACCUCAUGUUGCUCCUGUGAUGCCAUUAGAUCGUUUCAUUACAGAUUUUUAUAUGACUGUAAACAACUAUUGGAUUCUGAAUGCUAGACACAUAAAUUUAACCACACUGUCUGUAGCUGGAGGAUUCCGGGAUUACCAAGUUCGUUCAGGACUGACUUUUCUACCAAAAUUAAGCCAUCAUACCAGUGCCUUAUCUGUUGUGAGUUCAGCAGUGCCUAAGACCUGGGUUUCAACAGACCACCUCUCCAUUGUAUGGUGUAAACAAUUACAAUUGACCACAAUUCGAGCAUUCUUUGAUCUUAUUGAUGCUGAUACUAAACAAAUAACUCAAAAUCCCAAGAAGAAAUUGUCAGUUUUGAAUCACCACUUCAUAAGACACCCAGCAAAACACUUUGAGGAAAAUCCAUCAAUAAUUUCUGACUUAACAGGGACAUCUAUGUGGGUUCCAGUAAAAGUGUCCAAAUGGACCUAUGUGGCUUACAAUGAAUCUGAUAAGAUAUAUUUUACAUUUCCCCUUGCAAAUCAUAGAAAAAUCUACACUCAUGUCUAUUGUCAGAGCACCAUGCUGGAUACAAAUAGCUGGAUUUUUGGCUGCAUAAACAGCACUUCUAUGUGCCGGCAAGGGGUUGAUUUAUCAUGGAAAGCUGAACUGCUGCCAACAAUUAAGUCUCUGACGUUAAGACUUCAAGACUAUCCAUCUUUGUCUCAUCUUGUUGUUUAUGUACCAUCUAUUCAUGGAAGUAAGUUUGUUGUAGAUUGUGAAUUCUUUAAAAAAGAGACAAGAUCCAUACAGCUUCCUGUAACUCAUCUUUUUUCCUUUGGGUUGUCUUCAAGGAAAGUGAUAUUAAAUACAAGUGGCCUGUUCUAUAAUAUAGAGCUUCUGAACUUUGGACAGAUAUACCAAGCUUUUAAAGUCAACGUGGUAAGCAAGUGCUCAGGAGUGAAAGAAGAAAUUACUAGUAUCUAUAAACUUCAUAUUCCCUGGUCUUAUGAAGAUUCACUAACCAUUGCACAGGUUCCAUCUUCCACAGAAAUUUCUGUGAAACUCCAUAUUGCUCAACCAGAAAAUGACAGCCAUGUAGCAUUAUUAAAAAUGUAUACAUCAUCAGACUGUCAAUAUGAGGUGACAGUUAAGACUUCCUUUUCACAAAUACUUGGACAGGUAGUUAGAUUUCAUGGUGGAGCUCUUCCUGCCUAUGUUAUAUCUAGUAUCCUUCUUGCUUAUGGAGGACAGUUAUACUCUCUUUUCUCAACAGGUCACUGCUUAGAAUAUGCUGCUAUGUUGGAUAAAGAAGCCAAACCAUACAAAGUUGAUCCUUUUGUAAUUAUGGUUAAGUUUCUGUUGGGAUACAAAUGGUUUAAAGAAUUUUGGGAUAUGUUAUUGUUACCAGAAUUAGAUGCCAUCGUUUUAACUAGUCAGAGUAUGUGUUUCCCCCUUGUAUCUUUGAUUCUUUUUCUGUUUGGAACAUGUACUGCCUACUGGGGUGGCCUACUCUCUUCUACAUCUGUGAGACUCCUUUCUUCAUUGUGGCUGACUUUGAAAAGGCCCUCUGAACUUCCUAAAGAUAUGAAGAUAAUAUCACCAGACUUGCCCAUUUUAACAGUUGUUUUGAUCAUAGUUAGUUGGACAACUUGUGGAGCAUUUGCCAUCCUUCUUACUUAUCUUUACUAUGUGUUUAAGAUUGUUCAUCUGCAAGCCAGCUUAACAACUUUUAAAAAUAGCCAGACUGUGAACCCCAAACACUCUAGAAGAAGUGAAAAAAAAUCCAAUCACCAUAAAGACUCUACAGUAUACCACCUCCGUUUAUCUGCCAGCGAUGCUGAAGACAGUCUUCGCAUGCACAGUACCGUGAUUAACUUAUUAACAUGGAUUGUAUUACUCAGCAUGCCAUCUUUAAUUUAUUGGCUGAAGAAUCUUAGGUAUUACUUUAAACUUAAUCCUGAUCCGUGUAAACCUUUGGCAUUUAUCCUUAUUCCAACUAUGGCAGUUCUUGGAAAUACUUACACUGCUUCAAUAAAAUCAAGUAAAUUGUUGAAGACUACUUCACAGUUUCCACUUCCUCUGGCUGUUGGUGUGAUUGCUUUUGGGUCAGCACACUUAUACAGGGUUCCAUGCUUUGUCUUCAUUCCUCUUUUACUCCAUGCAUUAUGCAACUUUAUGUAAGAUUGGAUUUAAGGAAUGAUAAAGAUCAGUUAUGCCUUAGGUCCAGUAAUAAGAGGGAACACACAGAUCCAUCAGUGUGGGCAGCAAGAUCCUUUGGUGAAGACAAGUCUAUUUUUACAAUGUUGAAAAUAGGAAAUUAGUUUUGUAAUGCUUGAGGAAAGUAGUUGAAGCAUGGUUUUGUUUUGUGGUAUGACAUCUGUGUACUAGUCAUUAUGAAAAAUCAGUAAAAGGAUAUGGUAGCCUCUGUCUUUGAGGACUCUGCAUAUCAGCUAGUCUGCUUGAUUGGCCACACCAAGAUCUUCUCCUAAACACUCAGUAAAUGUAGCACUGUUUGUAUCCUCACCUCACGUAUUCUCAUUUCAUGAAACUUUCUUCUGAACAGUGGGUUACUUUGUAUUUGCUACAGUAUACAUGUUGAAAAAUAAGUCUUAAAAGAUUAAUGAAAUUUAAACUGUUUGCUUUCUCAGAAAUGAAAUAGCCACAGUCUUUAGUCAGUUUUUGGCAGCCAUAGUGAACAAAGUAGAUCUUUUGUUUUCUUACACCUAUGAAAAUACAACUUUAAAUUCUAAGGAGACAUGUUUUCCUGGUAACCAGCAGGAUUGAUGAAUGGAAACGUAAUUCAAAUUCAAAACUCAAUGAAAUUUUCUUGGUUCUUUUCAAAUAAGAAUCUUAUUUUGUAUUCUUAGUGAAUAUCAGGAGACUACUGAAGAGAUGUAUUGCUAAAUUUGAAGAAAAUUUUCAUAGAUAUUUACUUAUAGGCAUUGGAGCAGUUCAGUCAUUCAGUCUGUACCAUUUUAUUCAAUUCACUGACCCCGUGGUUGUCAAAAGUGCCUCGGGUCAUGGUGGAUUGUUAAAAUAACUAAAUUCCAGUGGUCAGAAGAAGCUCUACAUUUGCACAGUUUUUAUCUACUAUGGAAAGAAAAUCAGCAUGAUGAAGUGCAGUACCACAUUAAUGUAUAAAAUUAUACUGUUAAUGGAGUAACAGUGGAAAAACUGUUACCCCAUUAAUAGUAUAAACAAUGAAUACCUGAAUAAGUUGUUUAGCCACUAGGUUUAAUAGUGGAAUCUUAAUUUACCAAGGUGAUUACUACUUGACAGAUAGAGAGUAAUAUUUAUAUUUCAUUUCAGAUUUCAGCUCACUUUUUGGAAGUAGGUAAUGGAGCUAGGUAUCUUCGCCGUAAGAUAGGAUUCACUGAAGGCUGGGGUAUACCUGAGUGAUAGAGCCCUUCCUUUAGAUGUGUAUGCUGUAAAUACCCCAAACCUUGCAAGUGUAGUCCUUACGUCCCAGUAGCUCCACAGUUGUAUCUGUGAACUUGUGUCCUUGUUAGUGCCCAGGGAUGUCCUAGAGUACCAGGUUCAUUUUACGUGCCAUUGUAUCUGGAUUCCAUUACAGCCUCUCAGCUGUUACUGCCUGUUAGAAGGUUACUCCCACUUUACUGCCUGUAGAGGGUUACCUCACUUCUUUUCUCAUUUGUUCUUCGGGUUCUUGCUGUUUCAUCAUCAGUUGAAGAUGGUCUUGCUAUCAUCUAUGAGAGUUUUAAGUUUGUUUGAUUCCAUUGUUGUCUUUCCCAGCUUCAUGUUCAGUAUUCAUAUUUUCACUUACUGAGAUCAUUAAAGGUAAGUGAUAACCUCAUAGUAGACAUGGCAGGCAUACCAGGCUCUUGUUUGUUUGAUAGAAGCAGCAAAAGGGAUAAAAUACAGAAUACUUGUGUGUUCAAACCUGGAAGGAAAGAGAACUUACCAGGUUAUAUAUGCACUUUCCCAUGGCAUAUCACAUAUGUAUUUAAACAAGGACACAUCUGCCUAGGUUUAGCUUAUACAUAUACUCAUAACAACUUUUGUACAUAUGGUGUUGUAUUUCAAGUUUUCACCCAUAUGUAGUUGUAGUUCAAGUUACAGGUUAAAUAUGUCAUUUAACUAUUUCUGAAUUUGAACUUAGGUCCAUAUACAGAACUUAAGAAAAUUCAUUAAUUUGAAUCUUCUAUUGACAGCCAUAAUCAACGUGUUUAGAUGAUCUAAAGUCUCCUUGUUUAGUCAUUCCUGCUCAUGAAUAAAACGUAACAAGCUUAAAUUUCUCAUUUGUGAGUAGUACAUUAGCUUUUUAAAGCAGCAGACUAGGCACAUUAGUUUCCAUGAAAAUAAUUUCAUGUGAGUGUCAUUAUCAUCAAGUCCUAAAGUCUUAUUUGUUCCAACAAAAUAUUUUAUUUUAGGACUACAAAAAGGAUUCUCAUUAAACAUGUUAUAAACAGCAGUAGUUUGGGGUUUUUUUACACAUAUUUAAUAUUAUAAGUAUAUGUAUACACACACACACAUUUUGACAGAGUCUUCCUCAAGUCCUCAUGCACUUUAAAACCAAAUAACUACCAGAGAUGAGAAAGUAGGCUCUGUCUGAAGAUUAACAAAACUGAUGUUUCUAUCACUUGAGAAGAGGAAAGUCCUUUGUCUUUAAAUUCACAUUAUUUCAACCAUGCCUACAAUCUAUAUUAUUAGCUGGCAAAACAGCACAGGUUUAUCAGAAAUGUUACCGAAAAUGAAAUUGUUCAUUGGCAGUUAGGGAUUAUCUAAUUUAGCAAACUUCUGAGCUCUAUUGUUAUGACAUUUUUAUUUAGAUUUUUUUUUUGAGUUUUGAAUAAGUUUUGAACUUAUAAAAAUUACUCCUGGAUCCUAUUGUUGAUACCUAGACCAAAUAUAGACUGGACAGGACAAACAGUGAGUACUUUCAGUGUCUCUAAAGAGUCCUCUGGAGUUACUACUAUUAUAAUUUGGAACAGAUAAUAUGAUAGAAAUCAUUAAUGCUCUCUUUUCUUUAUCUUUUCCAUGUUGGAAAUUACACAGGUUCUGCUAGCUCUUUUCUUGGUUGUCACCAGAAUGAAAGUAUUUAAAACAGUAGUCCUAAAAAAACACAACAUUUGUGCCUGGUUAACACUGAUUUUGAGUCUCUUCAAUAUAUAUAUUGAUCAUGUGUUAAUUAAUCUUUAAUUUUUUUUUCAUAUUUUGCUCAGAUAAAUUCAGAUGUAUAUAAUGGAAUACGUUUUCUUGUUUGAACUACACUAUAAUAUCUGCAUGAUUAUACAGUAAGGAAAAGAAAUAAAGAACUACAGUAGGCCUAGUAAAUGUUCGUUGUUGAUUUUCUGUCACUCAUGCAGAUGGUACACAUUUCCGCCACACACACAUACUUACGUGAGGCAGAUUGUCUGAUUUGUUCAUUAUCUAGUUCCCAUUCUUUUCUAAACUCUUCAGACUUUUCACUUAUAGCAUAGUGUAUUCUUUUUACCUCACUGCUUAUUAGCAUCUCUUACAGAAGGUGGUCAAGGGAAAUAAAACUCAGUAAAAGGUAAAACUCAAUUUUCAGUUUAUUCUUGAGAGCUCUGGGGAAAUAGGGUAAGCACAAAGAUGAUGAGAUAAACUAGGGCUGUUGAUUCCCAAAUCCCCGGACAAUUCAAUUAGCCUGUAUUUUCAUCUUAAGCGUUAGGUCUAAAUUAGUGUAGUAUCUUGCUUUAUUAUGAGGUUUAGUGCAAAACCUUACAGUGCUGCAUUUGCAAUUUUUUAGGAACUUGUUAUGAAAAUCAGUUGGGAAAAUUUUUUUUAAUGUGUUGAGACCUUCUACGACUAAGGCAUUUGUUGAUUAUUUUUCAUCGUCACUUUUUUCUCUGUGUUUUAUUUUUAUAAAUUUGUUUUAUUUAUUUAUUUUUGGUUGCGUUGGGUCUUUGUUGCUAUGUGCGGGCUUUCUGUAGUUACAGCGAGUGGGGGCUACUCUCUGUUGCGGUGCAUGGGCUUCUCAUUGCAGUGACUUCUCUUGUUGCAGAGCACGGGCUCUAGGCACACAGGCUUCAGUACUUGUGGCUCAUGGGCUCUAGGCACGCAGGCUUCAGUAGUUGUGGCACACGGGCUUAGUUGCUCUGCGGCAUGUGGGAUCUUCCCGGACUAGGGAUCGAACCUCUGUCCCCUGCAUUGGCAGGCGGAUUCUUAACCACUGCGCCACCAGGGAAGCCCUUCUCUGUGUUUUAGAUUUGUGAAAUUACAGAAAACAAGUUACCUUGUGUAGUUUUUUUUGGGGGGGGGGUCAAUUUGGAGAGUAUAGCACUCCCCAAGAAAAAGGAAGCAAUAAAAGUAUCUUUGUAUUAUGAAAUUAGACUCAGACAGAAAACUUCUUGCCACAUAAGGUAAAUGUAGAAAAUACUAUUACAAAAUAGUAAGAUGAUUGGGAGCUGAAAUUUUAUUUCAGUCUUUUUGAACAAAGAACAUUUCAAGUUCUAUUUCAAGUUCUUCUUUUACUUACACAUUAUUAAUCAUGCAUUAUUUCACAAUAUAUUUUAACAGCCUGAGGAAAUAGAAAGUUUAUGAGGCUACUCACAUUCUUUACUUUUUUUUUUUUUUUUUUUGCGGUACGCGGGCCUCUCACUGUUGUGGCCUCUCCCGUUGUAGAGCACAGGCUCCGGACGCGCAGGCUCAGCGGCCAUGGCUCACGGGCCCAGCCGCUCCGCGGCAUGUAGGAUCUUCCCGAACCGGGGCACGAACCCAUGUCCACUGCAUCGGCAGGCGGACUCUCAACCACUGUGCCACUAGGGAAGCCCCAUUCUUUACUUUUAAUAAGGAUAAUAGGAAAGAAAAGUCAGACCCGUAAUCCAAAUCCAAGUAUGUAUACUCUUAAAUGCUCAAGAAUUCACAUUUUUGAUAAAUAAAUUAUAUUAUGAAUACAGACGACUGAAUUUUAUAAUUAAUAACUUAGUCUUAAGAAUGGAAUAAAAUUUGCAAAUAGUGAGAAUAAACUGUUAUUUAAUUUACAGUAGAAAUGUAACAGUACCCCUGAAUUGGUAAUGUUGCUUUCAAAAGUUAGGUGAUAUUCUGAGCUACAUCUUGAUUUCAUUGUCUGUAGUUGAAAAAUUUUAAAUCAAAUACAGUACUUUCUAAAAGUGUUUGGCAUAUUACAUUGCCAAAAAUGACUAUGUUUUAAAAUACCAAGUAACCGUUUAAUUUCUGAUGACUUUGUGUAGGACUUGAUAUAUGUGAGUCAGAUUUAUUCUGUACUCAUUCUGUACAUUGUAACUUUGAACACUUAUGAAAAACUGUAUCUGUUGAUGUAGUUUUAUUAGUUAGUGUAAAUUUGUUUGCAUAUUGGAACAUUAAUCUUAGUUUAGGAAAUCUAAACCUAACCAUUUUUGUAAGGUUCAUAUGCUAUUUUUUUCAGUAAUAUCUUGGUUUUUAGUAUUUAUAUAGUAGAAAUGUUACUAGUAAAAAUUUAUAGACAAAGCAUAGAACUAUUAACUGUUCAAAAGCCUAAGUGUUAGGCAUAUUUUGUAUUUCAUGUUGCACUUGUUUUGUUUCAUAUUGGACUUUUUACAUCCCUUUUUUAGGAAAAAAAAGAUGUGUUUGAAUUUUUUUUAGCAUAAAACUCUACAUUGGAAAAUAGAACUGUUUUCAUAUGGUUAGCAAAAACACACUUUGCCACCAAAGCUAAAUGAAACUGUAAAAUACCUCCAGAUAUUUGUGCCAAUGAACUUUUCUUACAAUAUUGGGAUUAAAGCAAAAAUAAUCUUUUCAGUAUUUUUCUUCUAGGACUUAUAUUAAAUACACAUCAUCAAAACUUAUAUUCCAUAUCCUAAUUUUUCUUUCAAAAUAUGUAAAGCUUAGAGCAUAGUGUAUUAUAUUUUUUCUGAUUUCUGGAAUAGUGUUUUCUGGUUUUAUUGAGAGAAAGUUAGUUUACCCAAUAAUGAUCUUUCAGUAAUUAGUUGAAGAAAUCAUUUAGGUAAUCUUGCUUCAGAUUCAUUCUGUAAAACUUUAAAUUCCGUUGCCCAGAUCAUUUUUAGUACAGGUGUCUCCCAUUUAUGUAAUAGAAAGUUUAUUGUGGAAUUUCUAUUGUUUUCUAUGUGUUUCCAUUCAGUCCGUCUAUACAGUCACAUGUUUCAUAGGCGAGAAUUAUCCACUAGAACUAAACAUAAUACAAUGAAAUAAACAUUGUAAAAUGCAUCUUAAAGGAAAAUAUAAGAACAAGAUGUUAAUGCUAAAAUGUUAACAUUGAUGUGGUAGUGUACUCAUGAGAGAAAGCAGAAAUAUGAUAGAUUCAGAAACUGUUGUGUUUAUAUGGUUGACAUUCUUUAAUUUCUCUCCUACAGAAAUUUUCAGAGGGAAUUUCAGUCCCUCAUAUUAUGGUUUUUCUCAUAAUUUAAUGUCACUUAACUGUUUCUCUGCCCAGUCAUGUUGAUGUAGUUUGCCUAAGUAGCCUUGGAAGUAAAGAGACAGAAGAGAAAGCCAAACAUUAAAAUGUUUGGCCUUGAUUUAGUUACAGUUUAUCCAACUAUCUGGUAGGGACAUGGAUGCUAUUAAUAAAAAGAUGAUAUACAAGACCUUAAAAUUCAGUGAACAUUAUUUUUGGAAUGAGUUUGUCCUUUUUGUUGAAUAAUUUUAUCCUAAGUAGGAGAUACCUGUAUUUAAUAUAACUGUGCUUUCUACAUAAGCAGAUAAUGUAUUUGUUGGAAUAUUGGUAGAAAUAAUCUUCUCUGCCUCCACUAUGGAAGCAGAAAAAUCCAAUUUUUAGUGUAUAUAAAUUAGGAAAUUGUGUUGUGUAUUUACAUUUUUAAAACUGUAAAAAUGACUUAGAUAUAUUAUUUUGAAGUGAUUGUAUUACCAUUUCUUAAACUUAUGACUAACUAUAAAUGUAGCAACAUACCCAUGAGAAACCAGACCAAAAUUGAAUGCAUAUUUUCACUGUGACCUUGAACUUAUAGUUGUUUGGGAUAAAACAGACUGUGCCUUAAAAUGAUGAAGGAAUGCCCUGCAGUUUUAUAACUAUAUAUUUAUUAUGUGUAGUCUUCUCAAAUUGGCCCCAAAUUCUUUUCUUUGAGGUUGGUGAAGUAAAAAUUUUAAAUAAAAGUUGAUCAGUAUUUCCCUUAGUAUCUGCUGAACUAUUGCUCUAGAGGCCUCCUUUAGUUUCCACAGUUCCCAUUUCAGAUUAAAAUUGAUUUAAACUUCAUAGGUGUAGAAAAUCAAGUUUGGUUAAAGUUUCUGAAAAUAAAUUUAUUUUAGGAGAAGGUGCUGGCACUUCUGAACUUAUUACACAUGGAAAAAUUAAUCUUCAAAUGUAAUUUUUUGUCUUUUUAGUGAAUACUCUAUCAAAAACAUGAAUUCUUCCCUAAAACCUGUACUUAUUGUUCCUCAGAUUAUUGAGGCUUGUAUUUGUAUAUCAAAUAAAGUUAAUUUAGUCAAUAAUAAUUUCUCAGUAGUUAAAUAUGAACUCACAUUCAUGUAUAUUUUUAAACAUUUUCUCUUUUACUUUUUCCUUCCUAAUUAUUUUUAAGGUAUCAAGAGAGAACUGGCUUCAGAUUUUUGUGGGGUUUUCUUUUAAUGUAAAGACUGACAUUUUUACUGUGCUUAUUUAAAAUAACAUACAAUUUCUAUCUAAACAAAUUAUUCCAUUCAUAGGACAUUCAUGGUCUCGGCCAAAAGAUGCCCACAUCUCUGUGUGGCAUCUCAGAAGUUUUUUGUAUAUUUUUCAAUUUCAAUUUUGAACAUAAACUCCACACUUUUCUUUCUUCUCAUUUCACCUCCACUGCCUCCCUUCAAAGACAAAAAUAUAGGUUUCUCUAAAAGCAUGUAAAAAGAAAACAUGUCUUUCCUUAAAGCAUGGUCAAAUUGAGAUGGAAAUAGUUUGGGGAAGUGUAUGUAAUACAAUAAAAUACAUGGCUGUCAACUCGCAUCAGUUUCUAUAUUAUAGUUAAAAGUUUAUAGAGGACAAACUAUGUGUUUCACUGAGACAGACUCAGUAAUCAUUUAUUUGCAAAUCAAUAAUUUUACUCUCAUCCAGAAAAUGCAGUGCAUAGUAAUUAUACUUAACAGUAAAAACAAUUUGUCCUAUAGUAUAUACUGAAAAAUGAUUGUCACCUUGCAGAUUUUUCUUUUUAAACAUGCAUGAUCUUCUCCAGUACUUUGUACAAUGUAUGGUAUACUAAAUACAUUUAUGUGUAAUUUUGUGUGUAUUUUUUUAUGGUAUAAUUAACUUUAUUACAUUUAACUGGUUGUAAUGCACAAAAAAGUGCUAUUUAUUGUACUCUGUAGAGUGUUGUGAAUGUUUUUAUCUGUGUUUCAACAUUAUGGUGUAGGGUUUAAUAGAUGAAUAUUUGCCUUUAGUCUCCACUCAGGUAUUAAUGUGUAGCAAUUUUUGGUGCUUUCUUUUUUAUCUGUCAUAAUCUGGUGUUCGGAAUGUUCAACAAUAAAUUUGGUGAACAAGAA